CCUAGCCCAAACUUCAAAUAAAGAAAAAUCCCAUCUUUUUAUAUAAAUCCUUUGAUGCAAAUGUUCCCUCCCAAAACCAAACCCUUUCUGUUUCUGAUCGCCGCCGCCUCUCCGGACAUCGCAGUGCGACGCGAGCUCGAACGGGCCUCCCAAUCCUAUCCAAUCGUGUGCCCUAGCUACUGAAAGCCGCGAGGAACCCUAGCUUUGUUCCAGCUUGGCUUUGAUCAUGAGUUCAUUAGCCCGAAUCUUCCCCAAAUGUCUGAGGCUGUAUUCAAGAGAAUUUUCCCCUUCAUUUGCACUCCAGAAAUGUUCCAAAUCAUGGCACUCAACCAUGUCAUUUGAUGGGCUUGAUGAAAAGAAUGAAAUAGAGGAUGAUGAUUUCCUUGAUGACAAAAGAGAGCUAGAGCCCCAAAGCGUUGACCCUAAAAAGGGUUGGGGUUUCAGAGGAGUACAUAGGGCUAUUAUUUGUGGGAAAAUCGGGCAGGCUCCUAUUCAAAAGAUUCUGAGGAAUGGGAAAACUGUGACCAUAUUUACUGUUGGGACUGGAGGUAUGUUUGACCAGAGAAUUGUUGGAGCUGAAAACUUGCCAAGACCAGCACAAUGGCAUCGAAUUGCUGUGCAUAAUGAACACCUUGGGGCAUAUGCAGUACAACAAUUAGUUAAGAACUCUGCUGUUUUUGUGGAGGGCGACAUUGAAACCAGAGUCUACAAUGACAGCAUCACUGGUCAAAUAAAAAAUGUACCUGAAAUUUGCGUUCGACGUGAUGGGAAAAUCCGAUUGAUCAAGUCUGGAGAUACCGCAACCAAUAUUUCCUUGGAUGAGCUCAGAGAGGGAUUGUUCUGAGUAGAUCUUUCAUCUGCCAAACAAAGUUUGCGUAUUACUCUUUGCACAAGUACUUCCAGAUUCUCAUCAUUACCAUGCAUGAUUGUCGAUGGGACAUCAACUUCUAAAAUCUUUUUCCUUGCUUUCCCUUUUCUGUAUCAAAUUAUUCUAGUUGAAGUUAAGAUAUUGGCCUGGCAGCUGAUUGUUUGUUUUUCGGUUCCAUAUUGUGUAGGGGGAGAAAUCCUAUGGAUUUAAAUUGCAGAAAGAGGCAGGCUUGUUUGAAUUAAAUGUAACACUAUAUUUAUUCCUAGAUAAAGUUGGAGAGAAUAGUUGUAGUUUUACUUGGUUAAGAGUAUACAUUAUCCUUUUUCUC